AUGGCAGUUCUAAACGUUUUAUCGACUCAUGCCACUGAUGAGGAGUACAUCGGUAAAACUGCAGAGGGUCCAUUUGAGGCGGAGCCAGCUAUAAAGGUCGCAUAUGAAGAGUUUCGUGAAAGGAUUAAUGAGAUGGAACGCACCAUAGAGAAAAAUAAUGCCAAUCGCAAUUUAAGAAACCGAAGUGGUGCAGGGUUGGUUCCAUACAAGCUUCUCAAGCCUUCUUCGGCACCUAGUCCUACCGGAGAAGGUGUUCCAAACAGCAUCUCCAUCUAG